AUGGAUACUGAUACCGAUCAACUACAGCUGUUGCCAGAUUCAUCAGUACAUAGAAAUGAUACAACAAUUACUGAAGAAACUCUAUUGAUUGAUGAUCAACCAAAUGAAGAUGAAGGAAAAAACACGGCAUUGGAUUGGAGUACAAGUAUGAUUAGUGAAAUAUGUCGUGAAGGCAAUUUAGUUCGUUUACGUGAUUUUAUUGAAUAUAGUAAACAGACAUCACAUUGUGGUCGACAUGCUGCUGAAAUAGCUGAUCGACUUGAUGUAGAAACAGGUCUUUCACCACUACAUCAUGCUGCUCGUUAUCAACAAUUAGAUAUUUGUAUUAUACUUUUAUCUAAUAUUGCAUUCAAAUUAGGUGUUAAUAUAAAAGAUGCAUAUGGUCGAACACCAAUUCAUUCAGCAUUUCGUUCAUCAAAUAAUUCAAAUUCAAAUAAAUCAAAUAUAGAAAAACCAUUUGAUAUUGAAAAUGAUUUAGGAGAUAAAAUUCAAGCUACCGAUAUUUGGCAAGACGAAUAUAAAAAUAAAAUUCCUUCCAGUGAUCAUCCACUUAUUUAUUUAUUUGCUAAAGCUAAUGGAAAUAUUCGUGCAGGUGAUAAAUAUCUUCUUACACCACUUCAUUAUGCGGUUGCUCGUAAUAAUCUUGCUGGUGUUAAACAAUUGAUAACAUUACAAGCAGAGAUUGAGGCAGAAGAUCGUCAAGAGAUUCGUCCAUUACAUUUAGCAUGUAGAGAAGGUUAUUUAUCAAUUGCUGAAUAUUUACUUGAACAAGGUGCAAAAAUUAAUGCUGAAGAUGCUGAUAAAUGGACACCGUUACAUUAUGCAUGUGCCAAAGGACAUAUAGAUAUAAUUAAAUUAAUUAAAUCAAAAGAAAAACUAAAUUUUGAAAACUUUAUUGAAAUGAAAACAAAUACAGGUGCAUCAUGUUUACAUUUAGCUGUACAAAAUGGAAAUACUCAAACAGUUAAAUAUAUUCUUACUGAAUUUAAUAGUAGUGCUUUAAAAGAAUUACUUAAUGAACAAGUAGAAUCAUUUGGAACUCCUUUACAUAUCGCAGCAAAAUUCUGUGAUCCAUCAAUGUUAGAUCUUCUUUAUGAAAAUGGAGCUGAUCCAUUAAUAUUAAACUCACGUGAUCAAUCAUCACUUCAUAUUGCUAGUGCAUCAAAUCGUCUAUCUAUUGUUCAGAAACUUAUUUCUCUUACUGAAAAAUCUUUAUUAGAAAUAAAAGAUGAUCAAGGUCAUACAGCUCUUUCCGUAACAACUAAUUUUGAUAUUAUCAAUGAAUUAAUUACAUAUGGUGCUGAUAUUUCAAGUCUUAAUAAUAAUCAUAUGAAUGUAUUAAUGAUUGCUGUAUCAAAAGGUCAAUUGUUAAUUGUUGAACAUUUAUUACUUAUGAUUAAAGAUCAAUUUAAAUCAAUAUUUGAUCAAGUAACAAAAGGAAAUAAUCGUUCAAUAUUUUUAAUAGCUGUAGAAACAGGUUCGAUUGAUAUGUGUUCAUUAUUAUUAAAUCAUCCAUAUAUUCGUUGGGAUACAAUCGAUAAACAACGUAUGAAUGCAUUUCAUAUAGCUGCUCGUAAUAAUCAUUAUAAAUUAAUUGAAUUUCUUAGUGAACGUUUACAUAAAUCUGGUCGAUUAAUGUCAAUACAAAGUCGUACUUAUUCUAUGACAGAUACUGAUUUAAUAAAUAUUCCAAAACCAUCACCUAUGCUACGUUUAUAUAUUGAUGCACAAGAUGAAGAUGGCGAAACACCAUUAUAUUUAGCUGCUGAACAUGGUCAUACAUUAUGCGUGGCAGUACUUAUUAAACAUGGUGUUGAUGUUUUACUUCCAAAUUAUCUUGGACAAUUAGUACUUCAUAUUGCUAUUCAAAAUGGUCAUAGUCAAUGUGUUGAAUUAUUAAUGAAUGCUUGUAUGAGAAAUAUGACUGAUUUUCAAUCUGCUCUAGCAAGAAGACAAUCACCAUUGAUAACUGCAUGUCAAAAUGGUUUUGCUGAUAUUGCUCGACUAUUACUUGCUCAUCCAAUUGAAAUAUAUUAUGAUGAAAAUAAAGAAAAAGAAAAUCCAUUGGAAAUUGCGAUUAAAUAUCAUCAAAUUGAAAUUCUUCAUAUUCUUUUAGAACAUCCUCAUACAGAACAUUGGCUUAUGGCAAUAAAAGAUACAAAGGAAUAUAUCCAUCAAACACCAUUAAGACAUAUGAUUCGUCAUAUACCAGAAUGUGCAAAACAUACAUUCGAUAAAUUAUUAUUAAAAAAAGAUGAAAUUGAUACUAGUGGAAAUAUAUCUGAAAGAAUUACAUAUAGAUAUAAAUAUAUAGACGAUUAUUUUACUGAUGAUGGUAAAUUAUAUACUCCAAAUAGUCAUCAACUUUAUCGUAAUCAUCCACUUAUAAUCGCUCUUGAUACUGAACAUCAUUCAUUACUGCAACAUCCAUUAGUAAAACGACUUAUAUCACAUAAAUGGAAAUUAUAUUGUCCAUUUUUUUAUAUAAGUCGUAUACUAUCAUUAUUAUCAUUACUUCUAUUAACAAUCUAUGUUCUUAAUGUACCACUACCAUAUGUAAAUUCAUCAACAAAUCUACCGUCAAUAUCAAUGAAAGAAUCUAUGUUACCAGUUCGAUGGAUAAUUAUUAUUUUAGCCGCAAUGAAUUUAUUUAAAAUAAUUUUAGAAAUUUUUCUUUUUCGUGGUUUACGUGUUCCAUUUGCACAAAUAUUUGGUAUUAUAUCAUAUCUAUCAUCAAUUAUUGCGUUUAUACCAUAUCAACAAAGUAUGGAAAUGAUAAAAUGGCAAUGGCAAUUUGCAGCAUUUUCCGUAUUAUUUCAAUGGUUUAAUACAGCAUUCAUAUUACGUUCAGUUCCAUUUAUUGGAAAAUUUAUUGUUAUGUUUCAAUCAGUAUUAUUUAAUUUUUUUUCAUUAAUAUUUGUUACUCUACCAUUACUUGUUGCAUUUACCAUUGGUGCACAAAUGAUUUUUUUUAAUCAUCAAUCAUUUUUUACUGUUAUGAUAUCAAUACAUAAAAUAACAGCAAUGCUUAUUGGAGAAUUUGAUUUUGAAACAUUAGUUUUUUCUAAACCAACAUUUAUAGCAGCAAAAUUUCUUUUUAUACUAUUUAUUAUUAUAAUGACAAUGUCUCUGAUGAAUCUUUUAUUAGGUUUAACUGUUAAGGAUAUACAAAGUUGUAUGAAAAAUUCUCGAGCACAAGCACAUGCCUAUCGAAUUCGUGAACUAAUUUAUAUUGAAUCAAUAUUACCAAAUAAAUGGUUAAAAUCAAAGAUAAUUGAAACUGAAUAUUUUGAUAAUUAUGACAAAGAUUUAACAACAAAAAAUAAUGAUGACAUUGAUGAAGAUUAUAAUGAAUCUCAAUCAAAACGACAACCUAUUGCUGAACUUGGAAGAUUACUUGAUAUUCUUGAUAUAUUAUGUAAACGAGCAAAACAAGUUUUAGAAAAAGAAAUUAAUUUAGAAAAAAUACUUACACAAUUAUUAGCAGCUAGAAAAGCUCAUUCAUCAAAAGAUUCAAGUAUAGAUACGAUAAAUACUUCUGGACAGUAA